AUGGAGUGUGUCACAUCUACUUCAUUUAGUGUGUUGGUUAAUGGAGCAGUUCAUGGUCAUUUCAAAGGUGGUAGGGGUCUGAGACAAGGUGAUCCCCUUUCCCCCUACCUCUUUGUUCUUUGUAUGGAGUAUCUAUCUAGAGAUCUGAGUAGCCUCAAGGAUAAUAUAAAUUUUCAGUUUCAUCCAGCCUGCUGUGACCUGAAUAUUUCCCAUUUGGCUUUUGCGGAUGAUAUUAUGCUCCUCUCUAGGGGAGAUGUGCCUUCUAUAGCCACUUUAUAUGCUAGGCUGGCUCAUUUUUGUGCUGUCUCGGGUAUCUCUAUCAGUUCUGAUAAAUCAGCUAUUUACUCUGCUGGCAUGGAUCCAGAUUCUCGAUUGGAGGUGCAGCGCCUUACUGGGUUUGUGUUGGGAGCAUUUCCAUUCAGGUAUCUUGGUGUGCCUCUGCUCUCAUCUAGAUUAAAUGUCAUCCACUAUGAUCCUCUUUUUUCUCAGAUUUUGGGCCUUGUCCAAAGUUGGGAUAGGAAGACUUUAUCUUAUGCUGGGAAGCUUGAACUCAUCAGAGCCGUCAUCCAGGGCAUUGCUAAUUUUUGGAUGAGCAUCUUUCCUUUGCCUGUUUCUGUCUUAAACCGGAUCAUUGCUAUUUGCCGGAAUUUCUUGUGGGGGGGAAAUAUCUGGGAGCAUGACCCAUCUCCUUGGGAUUCACCAUUGCUCAAGAAGAUUAUGCUGAUUAGGAAUAUAUUGCUGGACCGUGAGCUCCAUUCUGAUGGGGCGCUACUUACUCUCGAGUCAUGGACGCGGGACAAUGCUGUUGAGGCUAGCAAAGCCUACGCCUAUUUCAGAUUAACUAGGCCGAAGGUAUACUGGCACAAGGCAGUCUGGAACCCAGCCAUCCCCCCUAAAGCUGCGUUCAUUUUCUGGUUAGCCAUGAAGGGCAAGCUUCUUACGUUGGAUAGAGCUCCCUUCUUGGAGAUUGAUCCGUCUUGCCCACUGUGCAGCAUGGUGGAGGAGUCCCAUGCUCACUUGUUUUUCCUCUGCCCCACGGUUAUCCGAGUUUGGAAGGUGGUCCGUGAUUGGUCCCCUAUCACACGGACCUUCAUCUCCUUGCAGCGCAGUGUCAGCCACCUUGUCCGUGAGAGAGCUUUAUCUGGCACCUUGGGGAAGACUCGAUGCCUUGUCAUAGCUUUGACAGUUUAUUGUACUUGGUUGGCUAGAAAUUUGCUUUUGUUUGAUCAUGUUCCUUUUUUGGUUGAUGAUGUAAUUAACAAGAUUAAAUUUCUUGUUUAUAGACAUGCUCAUCUUACUCACUUGUAUUAG